UGGCUGUUCCGCGGCUGUCACAGACUUCACCACUCUCCACUCUUAAAAAGACGUCUCCCUCACUCUCCGGUCCAGAGAGCCAAAGCAAUGGCGAGAUCGAACUUUUUCUCCUUCUCGCCUUCUGUUCUCUUCUUGCUCUUCUUGCUUUUCUCUACGGCGUCGUCGGCCAAUGUCACCUACGACCACCGCUCUCUUAUUAUUGAUGGCCAGCGCAAGCUCCUCAUCUCCGCCUCCAUCCACUACCCUCGCAGCGUUCCUGCCAUGUGGCCGGGCCUCGUUUCCACUGCCAAGCAGGGCGGCGCCGACGUGAUCGAGACCUACGUCUUCUGGAACGGCCACGAGCUCUCUCCAGGCAAUUACUAUUUUGAGGACCGGUUCGACCUGGUGAAGUUCGUGAAGAUUGUAAGGGAUGCCGGGAUGUACAUGAUCCUCCGCAUUGGGCCAUUCGUUGCGGCAGAGUGGAAUUUUGGGGGAGUGCCAGUUUGGCUGCAUUAUGUCCCGGGGACUGUCUUUCGGACGAACAGCGAGCCAUUUAAGAUGCGUAUGAAGAGCUUCACAACGUAUAUAGUGGAGAUGAUGAAGCGAGAGAAGUUCUUUGCAUCACAGGGCGGCCACAUCAUCUUAGCUCAGAUUGAAAAUGAAUAUGGGGACAUCGAAAGGGUUUAUGGAGAUGGGGGGAAGCCAUAUGCAAUGUGGGCCGCGAGUAUGGCUCUUUCUCAGAAUACUGGUGUACCUUGGAUUAUGUGUCAACAAUAUGAUGCUCCUGAUCCAGUGAUCAAUACAUGUAAUUCAUUUUACUGUGACCAGUUCACACCAAAUUCCCCAAACAAGCCAAAAAUUUGGACAGAGAAUUGGCCUGGAUGGUUUCAAACUUUUGGGGCCAGAAAUCCUCAUAGGCCAGCUGAGGAUAUUGCUUUUUCCGUUGCUCGUUUUUUCCAGAAAGGUGGUAGCCUUCAAAAUUAUUACAUGUAUCAUGGUGGAACAAACUUUGACCGCACUUCUGGGGGACCAUUCAUCACAACAAGCUACGAUUAUGAUGCACCUAUUGAUGAAUAUGGGUUGGUGAGGCUUCCAAAAUGGGCACACCUGAAGGAACUUCACAAAGCUAUAAAGUUAUGCGAGCAUGCUUUACUUUAUGGUGAGCAAACGCUUCAGGUCCUUGGUCCUCUCCAAGAGGCUGAUGUUUAUUCAGAUCCCUCAGGAGGAUGUGUUGCAUUCAUUGCUAAUAUCGAUGAAGAAAAUGAUAGAUUGAUCAUUUUUCAGAACAGAUCAUAUAAUGUUCCAGCUUGGUCAGUUAGCAUUCUACCAGAUUGCAAGAACGUGGCAUUUAAUACAGCAAAGGUCAGAUCUCAAACUUCUAUAGUAGACAUGGUACCAGAGAAUUUGCAAGCAUCGAUGUUUUCUCCAAAGAAAGGUUCAGAAGAUCGCCACUGGAACAUCUUCAUGGAGAAGGCCGGGGUCUGGGGACAACCUGACUUUGUCAGAAAGGGAUUUGUAGAUCAUAUUAACACCACAAAAGAUUCCACUGAUUAUCUUUGGUACACAACAAGUAUGCAUGUAGAUGAAAGUGAAGAAUUCUUGAGUGGCAGGAGUGAUCCAAUUCUUGUGGUUGAAUCAAAAGGCCAUGCUGUCCAUGCUUUUGUCAAUCAGAAGCUUCAAGCCACUGCAUCUGGAAAUGGCUCAGAUUCAACUUUCAAGCUUGAGACUCCCAUUUCCUUGAGGGCAGGAAAGAAUGAAAUUGCUCUGUUAAGCAUGACUGUUGGCUUACAAAAUGGAGGACCAUUUUAUGAAUGGGUAGGCGCAGGAUUGGCCAGUGUUAAAAUCAGGUUGAAUAAUGGGACCAUUGACUUGUCCUCAAAUACGUGGAUAUAUAAGAUUGGGUUAGAAGGGGAGCAUCAAAAUAUAUUCAAGGCAGAUGGUAAAAAUGAUGUGAAGUGGAUACCAAAAUCAGACCCUCCAAAGAAUCAACCUUUGACAUGGUACAAGGUCGUUGUGGAUCCUCCAGAAGGAAAUGAGCCUGUUGGGCUGGACAUGCAAUUUAUGGGGAAAGGCCAAGCCUGGCUAAAUGGAAAAGCCAUUGGAAGAUAUUGGCCCAGGACAAGUUCCAUACAUGAUGAAUGUGCUCCUAGUUGUAAUUACAGAGGCAAAUUUUUCCCAGACAAAUGCAGAACAGGAUGUGGAGAGCCAACUCAGAGAUGGUAUCAUGUCCCCAGGUCCUGGUUUCAACCAUCAGGGAAUGUUCUGGUGAUAUUUGAAGAGAGAGGUGGAGAUCCUACCAGGAUUACCUUUUCAAGAAGGCGAGUGAUAGGUCUCUGUGGAUUUGUAUCGACAGAGCAUCCUUCUGUGGACCUGGAAUCUUCGGAUCAGAGCAUCAAAAGCAAUAGCGGAGAUAAGGCAGCAGUGCACUUGACUUGUCCUGAGGGCAUGCUUAUUUCCUCCAUUACAUUUGCCAGCUUUGGAAAUCCAAGUGGAACAUGUAGAUCCUACCGCAAAGGAAGCUGUCAUUAUCCCAACUCCAUCUCUGUGGUUGAAAAGGCCUGUCUACAUGAAAAUCAGUGUGCUGUGUCAUUGUCUGAAGACAGCUUCGGUAAUGAUUUAUGUCCCAGCAUGGUUAAGACGCUUGCUAUUGAAGCAGCAUGUAGCUAGUAACAUGCGGGCCACUGAGGUUACCAUUUCCAAAAUGUUGCAUUGAUGAAUAUCGUUCAAAAUAAGGAUCAUUAAUUUAUUACAUGCAGAUAUGAGUACCAUAUUGUUUGUCCCUAAUUUCUGAUUCAGAAGGGGAAAAAGCUGCUGUCGAGCAGUGCGUUUCAGUUCACGUAUUCUGUAGGAUCAGUUCAUUUUGAUCUCAGUGGGGAAAAUAACUAUGCUAUUCAAGUAUGUAUUUUGGUUUUUCAUUAAAUAGAAAUGAAUGUUUUUGCUCUUCUAAUUCUGAUAUUUUAUACUCGGCCUGCUUUGCAAG